AUGGCUAACAGCAUCCGACCCUAUCGUAAACCGAAGCGAAUUCGAACGGCCUUUUCGCCUUCUCAGUUAUUGCGACUAGAGAGCGCAUUUGAGAUGAACCACUAUGUCGUGGGGCAGGAGAGGAGACGACUUGCGGAGUCGCUCAGUCUUACAGAGACACAGGUUAAAGUGUGGUUCCAGAACCGACGAACCAAGUUCAAACGUCUGCGGUUGGAAGAGGAGGAAGGAGGAAUAGGGGGAGGAGAUGAAGCUGGAGGAGACGAGGAGGAGGCUGGUGGAGGUACUUGUGAGAACAGAGGCAAUAUGGAGCCUCUUCCACCCUCCAAACUUCUUCAUUCCCCUACACCUUCCAGCCUCGAGUCGCGUGCCGGUUUCGAUGACCCUGCAUCACCUCUACCGCCCCCACAAAAUGAGGAGGUGGCACUUAAUUUAAGCACUUCCGCUACUGCUUCAAAGGUUGUUUGCACCUCUCUACCUCCACCUCCUUAUCCUCCGACCACCGCCACAAGCUCUAAGCCCAGUGACCGGGUGAUGUUCCAUCCCCUCACCAGUCUCCUAGCCUUCCAAGACGAGAUGCGUCAAGUCUUGCAGUCUCGAUCAUUGGACAUGUGGACGCCACCUCUUUAA